GGAACUGUGUACGGCUUCCAUGUUACCAUUCCGGACGUUUUUUCAAAGAACAUCCGGCAACAAUCCUGCGCCGACCUGCAUACACGUGAAACUGAAUGUUAUAACUGUAUAAAUUAAUCCUGUUGGUCAACGUGUAAAGGUAGGGCUGUAAUUAUUGAUGGGUCGUCGAUAUAGUCAGUCAUAUUAGCACACUUUAAAGUUAUGUUGUUCGACUUAGUAAAGACAUCCUCGUUACAAAAACGUUUCUAGCUAACUAACGUUAAUUUACUGACUAUCAAUGAUCUGAGUGAUCAAUUGCCACAGAUUACAUCUCAAGAAAGUCUCCAAACGUUUCUCCUUUUUUUCCGUUAAAUAGCUACAAACCUAUCCUUAAAAAAUGAGGAAGGCUUGAUUCAGUGGGGAAUUGAAACUGUCCUUCCGUCAUCAACAACAUUAGCGUGCAAAAUAAUGUAUGCUGAUUUUAGGAUCUAACGAUAGAGAGUUAGCUAACGUGGACAACACAUUCAAGUUUUUGUGAACGUUGGCUAGUUAGUUAGCUGACUGGUCAAAGCAUGACGCGCUGGGCAAGAGCCAACAAUGUCCACAAACACAAACUAACAGAUGCCACCCCAUGGAGCCGUAUGAAGGCUGGUGCUGAGGGCUCAAAUGCAGGCACGAGAUCCAGUGGUGGCCGCCGAGGACCUUCCAACCAAAAGCCAGGCAAAGGGUCAUCUUUUGCGCUGCGGCGCAGUCAGCCUGGCCAAGGAAAUAAACCGAAUAAGAAGAAGGAUUUCUGCAGCACGGAUGUAAAUGGAUUCAUGGAUUACCUGAAGCAGACAGGGCAGCCGUUGCCAAGAGGGCAAUUGUCAGCCCCAGAAUUUAGUGAAGAGCUGAAUACUGCCUUCAAAAAGGACAAGAGGAGAGAAGACAGGAGACUAAAAAGACAGUCUACUAAAAAGAAUAACAUGGUGUGUUUCCACUGCAAAAAGCCAGGUCAUGGGCUUGCCGACUGCCCAGACGCAGACAAAGACGAGGAGAUGGGCUGUGAUAUCUGCUACCGCUGUGGCUCAACGGAACACGAGAUCCAGAAGUGCAGAGCUAAAGUGGACCCUGCCCUUGGUGAAUAUCCAUUCGCCAAGUGUUUCAUAUGUAGUAAGACUGGUCAUCUCUCCAAAUCAUGUCCUGAUAACCCCAAAGGACUGUAUGCUCAUGGGGCCUGUUGUCGACUGUGUGGCUCUGUUGAACACUUCCAGAAAGACUGCCCUGAGCAUCAGAGUACAUCAAACUCCAUCACUGUCAGCCGCUUGUCCAACAGAGUGAGCGCCGAUCAUGAGGAGGUCCAUGUUCCCGUUAAGAGAGCACAGACCAAGGCUAAGCCCAAGGUGGUUGUCUUCUAAUGGAAAUCAACGUUGUUCUGACCAAAAUGGCAAAGAAUUUGAGGUCAUUUUCUUGAGGUUAAACCCAUUAAAUAUGGAGCACUGUCCUAAUUCCAUAUACAUCCUUAUGCUAUGGUGAGUUUCAUGAAGGUGCCCUCAGACGUCAACCCAGGAGUGGAAAUCUCUGAGGAAUUAUGAACUGUUCAUGUCAAUUCAGACAUGUUGGAACUGUUCACAGAUAUUUAAAAUCAGGAAACAAUGAUGUGCCUUAUUUUGUAUGCCAGAUUUGUUGUUUUGAGACAUUGUGUUAAAUGCUUUUGAUGCAACAUGCAGAGUUUACAUAUAAUAAAUAUGCAUUCAAACA